AUGGCGGUGCUGGCGGCUGCUCAGCUGCUCGAUGAAUUGAUGGGCAGACAUCGGAAUACAAAUCCAAACGAAAAAAUUAAGAAACCUAACUGGGAAGAUCCUGAGUACUGUAAAUAUUAUAUGGUGAAGUUCUGUCCGCACGACUUGUUUGUGAACACUAGAGCUGAUUUGGGUGCUUGUCCCAAAGUACAUGAUGAUGAAGUUAAAGAACUGUUUGAAAAGGCUGAGACCUCUUAUAAGAAGGCACAAUAUGUCGAAGAGUUUCUACGGUUCUGCCGUCAUAUGAUUAAUGAUGUUGAGAGAAAAAUCCAAAAAGGUAAACAAAGAUUGGAGCUCAUGAAUUCUAAGCCUGAUGGACCUCCUAUGACCCAAGCUCAGACUGAGAAAAACCAGGAACAGGUGCAAUUACUAUCAGAAAAAAUAACAUCAUUAGUGCAAGAGGCUGAGGAAGCUGGGACUCGUGGAGAUGUGGAGCAGGCACAAGGCCUCAUGAAGCUUUGUGAUAGACUGAAAGAAGAGAAAGAACAAUUGUUGAAACAACAAGAGAAUAGUCAUUGGUCUAUGACAGCUGAGUUGGCAGCCGCACAAGAAAAGCAGAUGGAGGUUUGUCCAGUGUGUGGCGCGUUCCUCAUUGUUGGGGAUGCACAACAGCGUAUUGACGACCAUUUGUCUGGGAAACAACAUGUUGGUUAUUUUAAACUGCGGCAAGCCUACGAGGAGAUGAACGAAGCGCGGGAAAAGGAACAACAAGAGAAAGAGAGGAAACGUCGGGAAGAGAGGGAAAAAGAACGCAGCUCUCGUAGCGGCGGGCUGGGAUCGGAUCGACGAGACAGAGAGCGAAUGGAACGUGACCGGGAGCGCGAUAGAGACAGGAGUGAUAGAGGGGAUCGUGGCGAUCGCGGCGAUCGGGGUGAUCGGGGUGAUCGAGGUGAUCGGGGAGAUCGGGGUGACCGGGGUGAUCGUGUUGACCGUGGUGAUCGAAAUGACCGCGCUGAACGCGGUGAACGCGUCGAACGUUCUGAACGCGGUGAACGUGGUGAACGCAUUGAACGUGGGGAUCGUGGUGAUAGGGAGAAUAACGAUAGGAAGGAACGCGAGAAGGACCCAAAGGAUAGGGAAAGGGAUAGGGAACGUGAGAAAGAAAGAGAACUACGGGAGCGCCAUAGAUCAAGCCGAGAAAAGACCAACCGUCAUGAGGACCGUGAGCGGGAACGAGAGAGGGAUCGCGAGAAGGAACGGGAGCGGGAGCGCGAACGCAAGCACCGCAAGGAGAGAAGAUCCCCUCACGACCGCUCGCGGCGACGUUCACGCGACCGCCACUAG